CUCCAACCUCCGUUGCUUCCCCUCAGCCGAUACCAAUCCCUAAAUCACAGUAAUACUCUACUCCGAAUGGCUUCCAAGCGACAGGACAAGGCUCAGUUUGAGCGGAACCAGAAUGUUCUCAAGGCGCUGCUCAAGGAACCGGGAAACAAGUACUGCUCUGAUUGCAAGAGGAACGCAUAUCCCCGGUGGGCGAGCUGGAAUAUCGGCGUCUUUAUCUGCAUCAGGUGCUCGGGAAUUCAUCGGAGUAUGGGAACUCACAUCAGUCGAGUAAAGUCUGUUGAUCUUGAUUCCUGGACAGAUGAGCAGCUCAAGAGCAUGGUUCGCUGGGGUAACAACAAAGCCAACAAGUACUGGGAAGCUCGGCUCCCUAGCGGCCAUCAGCCAGUCGACACGAAAAUGGAGAACUUCAUCAGAACAAAGUACGAAAUGAAGAAAUGGGUCGCGCCAGGCCCGAUCCCGGACCCAGACACGAUGAGCGACACCGAACGCGAGGGCCCGAUCGAGCCCGAACCGCCCAAGAAAACGAGCACGUCGUCGACCAAGAAAUACUCGGCCUACGCGUCUUCUCCAAAGUCGAUAUCAUCCGAGGACUACAAGAGAGAGCCUCAGCUUAUCGGAUCCGUCACCGCGCGUCCGGCGUCGACGCCCCUAGCUGGGCCUUCGAGCAGUCACUUUCACAGCAGCAACAGCAGUAGUCAUACUUCGGCCGUCAAAGGCAGCUCGACGAUCCGUCUCAAGGCAGAGCAACCCGCGGCCGUGCGAUCCCCGCCUCCUUCCGAAGAUCUCCUAGGCCUAGGAAACUUUUCCUCCGCGCCAGUCACGCGAGCCUCUUCUGCAAAUAGUAACAGCAUUCCGUCCGCGCCGUCGCAGACCGCAAACCUGCGCCCAGACUUGAAGUCCUCUAUCCUGUCGCUUUACUCGCAGCCGCGACCGCAAGCCGCCGCCCUCCCGCAGGGUUUUUCGGACGGUUUUGCGACGCCACAACUGCAGCAGCCCGGGUCUUACCAACCGUCGGCCGCGGCGUCUUCGAUCAGCCUUACUUCCUCGAACGGCAAUGACCUGGCGAACCCGUUCGGAGACAUGUCGAUCAGCAGAAGCUCUACCUCGUCCACCGCGCCCGCUGGCCCCGUUGCACCCUCCCCCGUUUCUGCCACGACAGCAACACCCUCCUCCGACCCGUUCGCAGGCCUUAUGAGCUCCAACGCCUGGUCAACACCGACGUCUACCUCUUCCGCGAGCAAACCAAUGGUAACCCUCGACGACGACCUCGACAACGAAUUCGGCUCCUUCAACAGCGCCGCCUUUUCCUCCACCAACGCCUUUGCAUCCCCUCCCCCCGUCCAACCCACGAUGGACUUUUCCUCCAUCGGCGAGACGCCUGUCGCCGCGCCUUCCUCGUCUUCGUCCGCCGCGAUCGGCAUGGACUUUUUCGACUCGCCGUCGUUCGCGAACCCGAUUCCGCUCAACAGCGGGGCGAAUUCAGCGGCAAGCACGCCGGCUGCUACGUCUGCGCCGGCGAAUCCGCUCGGAAGCAAGAAAGGAAGCGUGGAUGAGAUUUUUAAUAACGUGUGGGGUUGAGAAAAUGUUCACUUCAUCAGCUCUUUCUGCGUGUGUUUUUUUUUGUCUUUUGUGUAUUUUUUUCUUAUGACUUUUGAAAUAGCAGCAGUAUAUAUAUUAAUCUAAUACAACUUUCUACUGCUUCUACUACUAUCUUUGCUGAUUAACGUAAAGUCGGAAUAAAAAAGCAACAAG